AAUUAUUUUCGGUUCCGACCAGGAAGUGGCUGGAGUGAUGCGAGCUGUUAAACGAAGUAAUGCGACGGGUAGUUUUUCAUGGAUAGGCUCGGAUGGCUGGAGCGCGAGAUCCCUUGUGUCUGACGGAAAUGAGGCCGAAGUGGAGGGUACAUUAUCUGUACAGCCUCAAGCUAAUCCUGUACGAGGUUUCGAGGAGUACUUCCUGGGCCUUAAUGUAGAGAAUAAUCAAAGGAAUCCGUGGUUCGUUGAAUUCUGGGAGGACCACUUCCAGUGCCGUUAUCCCAACAGCUCAAGGACACCCUACAACCAAAAAUACACUCGAGUAUGUACCGGAAAGGAAAAACUGACCCGCCAAAAUACCGUCUUCGAAAAUCAACUGCAAUUCGUCUCCGAUGCGGUCAUGGCGUUUGCAUAUGCAAUAAGGGCAAUGCAUAAUCAUUCGUGCCAUGGUCGUCCCGGAUUAUGCGACGCGAUGAGGCCUACGAAAGGAACGGAACUGCUAAAAUAUCUUCGCAAUGUAGACUUCGAGGGGCUCAGUGGCGACAGAUUCCAUUUCGAUAUAAAUGGCGAUGGACCGGCGAGAUACAAUAUAAUACAUUUUAAACAAAUUUCGUCAGGGAAGUAUCGGUGGGUUCGUGUUGGCGAAUAUUGGGAAGGCGAACUUAGAUUAAAUAUGUCAGAAAUUCAGUUCAAACUAGGCCAACCGAAACCGCCAGAAUCGGUUUGCAGUUUACCGUGUGAUCUCGGCCAAGCAAAAAAGUACGUCGAGGGGGAAAGCUGCUGUUGGCACUGUUUCAACUGCACUCAAUAUCAGAUUCGUCACCCAACGGACCCAACACAAUGCGUCGGUUGUCCACUGGGCGCAGUACCAGACCCUCUCCACGUACGCUGUCUAGACAUUCCCGAAGAAUAUCUGCGUCCCAAAAGUGGAUGGGCCAUUGGGGCUAUGGCACUCAGUUCAACCGGUAUACUAAUCACCACGUUCGUCGUAUGUGUAUUUAUUCGAUACAAUGACACGCCAAUUGUACGAGCAUCCGGAAGAGAGCUGAGCUACGUUCUUCUGGCGGGUAUUUUGAUGUGUUAUUGCGUAACAUUUGCUCUGGUGUUUCGGCCAACCGAUAUCGUGUGCGGUAUUCAAAGGUUUGGAGCCGGAUUUUGUUUUACUGUUGUAUACGCCGCUUUACUAACGAAAACCAAUCGCAUAUCACGAAUAUUUAACGCUGGAAAACAUUCCGCUAAAAGACCUAGCCUGAUAUCUCCAAGGUCUCAGAUUAUUAUUUGUUCGGGACUCAUAGCUGUUCAGGUUUUAAUAAAUGGUGUAUGGAUGAUUAUAUCUCCAGCCAAAGCAAUGCAUCAUUAUCCAACACGCGAAGAUAACCUACUAGUAUGUUCAACUGAUAUUGACGCUUCCUACAUGAUAGCCUUUACAUAUCCAAUACUGCUCAUUGUUAUAUGUACCGUUUACGCUGUUCUCACUAGAAAAAUUCCAGAAGCUUUCAACGAAUCCAAACAUAUUGGGUUUACAAUGUACACUACGUGUGUAAUAUGGUUAGCCUUCGUUCCCUUAUAUUUCGGAACUGAGAACCAUGUCGCACUUAGAAUUACUAGUAUGUCAGUUACAAUUAGUCUUUCCGCAAGUGUUACUGUCGCUUGUCUCUUCUCGCCAAAGUUGUACAUUAUCCUAAUUAGACCAGAGAGGAACGUUCGGCAAAGUAUGAUGCCAAUGCGUUACAGCGCCAUCAAUAAAAGUUCGGGUACUGCGGGAUCCGGUAGUAUGAUGGCGCCUGUUAUGGUCACCGCAGUCACGUGCGAUCAAAAACAGCAAAUUCAGAAACACGUACCGCCCAUAUUGGGAAGAGAUUUAUCUGAAAAUGAAGAUACCGACACAAGUAAUCACCAAACGAGACCAGUAAUGAUAGACUGUAGUACGUUAACUGAUCCACCACCUCCCGCCUAUUGCGAGUCCGUUCUGACGAACGGCGAAGAGUACAUUCCGAAAAUAAACAAUAAUUGUAAUGUAGGAAAUGGUCCCCUGGCGUUACUGCCAGGAUUACAAAUGAAAGACGUUCCGUUAUAGCAGGAAGCGAACUCGCGUUCUUCCAGUCUGAAUUCACCUCGUAAUCCUGUGCAAGUGUAAAUUUCACCAAAUCGAAAAAAGGCAACGGUGCUAUGAAGUAUUUCUGCUAAACUGAGCUGGUGAAAUGACGUCGACGUCUUUCCAAUAUUGUAUUUUAUAUGGUGCUGUGAAUACUGUAUUUGAUAAGUAAAUAUACUAAAAUAUAUAUUAUAUUAGGUUUAGGUACAUUCAUAAAUUUUCAUACAUUGAUAUUUUAAGAAGAAUGUAGCCAAUGAUAUACCUACCCAACUACGAUACGAAAAUUGUGUAAAUAUUAAACUCUUGUGCCGAAGACGAAUUUCUCAAAAACAAAAACAACUGUACAUAAGAACCCAUAAUUUAUUAUUAUUAUUAUUACAAUGUUACGCUAAUUUAUUCACACACGUUAAAUAUAUUGUACCGUUAGAGAAAAUAAGCAGCCAUCUUAUAUAAUUGUUCAUAAAAUAAGUAAAUAUUGUAUGAUGUUAUUUAAAUGUUGUGAUGAUAAAGGUGCAUGGCAACAAGAAAUGUAUGUGGCACCAAUCGGCAUCAUUGAGCCCAAUGCCGAAUGUAGUCAUAUCAACGCAGCAGUUUUAAACCACCUAAAACCAUACAACAUAUCCGUCAGAAUAGACUCGAUAAAUAUUUAAAAGUUGAAUGUUAAUUAAUUUUCUAACGGAAGAUUUAAAUGUCGUAGCAAUAAUAACUUUUGUCAUCAUAACAUAAAUAUGAACUGUAGGCAUGUAUGUAUUAAUGUUCAACGAUGUUCCAUUACAGGGGUAUUUAAUAAAAAUUGUUGACUUCGA